AAGAGAAGCUUUGGGUCAGGCUUGAAUCUCCAUCCAGCUCAAGUUAACCCCUUUUCCGAUCCGAGAUACAGGUCAAACCUCGACUCGUUUAAAUCGUUGUAAUUUCUCAUUAUUACUACUCGUCCUCGUUUUCCGAGAUUUGAGAAAAAGAGAAAGAAAGAGAGCGAUCCAAGAAGAAAAGCUUUGAAUUGUGGUCCUCUCGGUUAUUACAGAGCAGAGAGAGAGAGAGAGAGAUGGGGUCGGGUUCGAAACUGGAAGGCACAUCAGCUCUGCCGCUACGGCGAGACCCCUACGAAGUGUUAUGCGUUUCUAGGGAUUCUUCUGAUCAGGAAAUCAAAACUGCCUACCGCAAACUCGCUCUCAAGUAUCAUCCCGACAAGAACACCAAUAAUCCGGAGGCGGCAGAGCAGUUCAAGGAGGUUGCCUUCUCCUAUAGCAUCUUGUCUGACCCCGAGAAGAGGAGGCAGUAUGACAAUGCCGGCUUCGAGGCCAUUGAUGCUGAGGGCAUGGACAUGGAAAUUGACUUGUCAAAUCUUGGAACUGUCAAUACAAUGUUUGCAGCUCUAUUCAGCAAGUUGGGUGUCCCGAUCAAGACUACAAUUUCAGCUAGUGUGCUUGAAGAAGCUCUAAAUGGUACUGUUACAGUUAGACCUCUCCCAAUUGGAACAUCAGUUAGUGGAAAGGUGGAGAAACAAUGUGCCCACUUUUUUGGUGUAACAAUCAGUGAGCAACAAGCCGAGGCAGGGAUUGUAGUCAGAGUCACUUCAACUGCACAAAGUAAAUUUAAGUUACUAUAUUUUGAGCAAGAUGCCAAUGCUGGGUACGGUUUGGCCUUACAGGAAGAUAGUGAGAAAACCGGCAAAAUAACAUCUGCAGGAAUGUAUUUCCUGCAUUUUCAAGUAUACAGAAUGGAUUCAACUUUGAACGCGUUAGCCAUGGCAAAGGAUCCAGAAGCUGCUUUUUUUAAAAGGUUGGAAGGUCUUCAACCUUGUGAGGUUUCAGAACUAAAACCUGGAACUCAUAUAUUCGCUGUUUAUGGAGAUAAUUUCUUUAAGACUGCUACCUAUACAAUUGAGGCACUUUGUGUGGGGUCUUAUGAGGAUAUAACACAUAAGCUUAGAGAUAUUGAGGCUCAAAUAUUAAGAAAAAGAAAUGAGCUUCGCCAAUUUGAGACCGAGUAUAGGAAGGCAUUGGCACGCUUUCAGGAAGUGACAAAUAGAUACACCCAGGAAAAGCAAUCUGUAGAUGAGCUGCUGAAACAACGAGACAGUAUUCAUUCAUCUUUCACUGUCACCAAGACGGGCAAUAAUGCUGUGGGUGGUAGUAAUAUAAGCAAUGGAAGUAGUAGCAAAACCCCUGACGAAGAUUCAAGGGCUGGGAGUCCAAAGGAGGAUGGUGGCUCAGAUGGGAAGGACAAAUCAGCUAAAAAGAAAUGGUUCAAUCUUAACCUCAAAGGAUCGGCAUCAGAUAAGAAGCUUUGAUUAAGGGUCUGGACAGUAUUCUUCUUUUUUGCUUUCCGUUACUGGUAGACCUUAAAUAUAUCCAAUUCAUGCAAAUGCUUGCGCCUUUUACUCGUACAGAGGCUUCUCUUGUAUUUGAUUGAAUUUUUUUUUCUCUUAUAGGUUUGCCCAUUGUUGUAUUGUUUUUGAUUUGCGUCUGUAAAACAUGGGAAUUAGAAAAUGCAUCUGUAUAAAUUAUCAUGACA